GCCGGUGCAGAGCGGGCGGCGGCGGCAGCAGUGGAGGCGGCGGCUCCAGCCGGCGCGGCGCGGGGCUCGGCAGUGGGAUCCGGCCGCGGUGCUCGCUCCGCGCUCCUACCUCGCUCUCUGCCUGCAGCGGCCGAAGGGCGCGGCGCGGAGCCCGGGUGGCUCGAGGGCGCGGUGAGUGUUCCGUGGCCGUCUGCGCGAGGCUAGACCCUCGAACGCUCAGGCGGGCGGACCCGCGGACCCGCGGCCCUCGUGCGCGCGGGUACAGAGAGUGAGGGGACACGCGCGGACCCCGCGAUCGGGGGAGAGACCUGCCACACCAUCUUGAUCUCUUGGUGGUGGAAGUCCCAGGAAGAGUUUGGUCUGGAGAGGAGGAUAAUAUUGAUGUGCCUGCAGUACAACUGGUGUUAAAGAGAUGGCUGCUUCUGUCCCAUGGGCCUGCUGUGCUGUGCUUGCUGCUGCCGCCGCCGCUGUCUACACCCAGAAACACAGUCCACAGGAAGCACCCCACGUGCAGUAUGAGCGCCUGGGCUCAGACGUGAUGCUGCCAUGUGGGACUGCAAGCUGGGACGCAACUGUCACAUGGAGGGUGAACGGGACAGAUCUGGCCCCUGACCUGCUCAAUGGCUCUCAGCUGGUAUUACGGAGCCUAGAACUGGGCCACAGUGGCCUGUACGCCUGUUUCCACCGUGACUCCUGGCACCUGCGCCACCAAGUCCUUCUACAUGUGGGCUUGCCACCGCGAGAGCCUGUGCUCAGCUGCCGCUCCAACACUUAUCCCAAGGGCUUCUACUGCAGCUGGCAUCUGCCCACCCCCACCUACAUCCCCAAUACCUUCAAUGUGACUGUUCUGCAUGGCUCCAAAAUUAUGGUCUGUGAGAAGGACCCAGCCCUCAAGAACCGCUGCCACAUUCGCUACAUGCACCUGUUCUCGACCAUCAAGUACAAGGUCUCCAUAAGUGUCAGCAAUGCCUUGGGCCACAACACCACAGCCAUCACCUUCGACGAGUUCACCAUCGUGAAGCCCGAUCCUCCAGAAAACGUGGUAGCCCGACCGGUGCCCAGCAACCCUCGUCGGCUGGAGGUGACAUGGCAGACGCCCUCAACCUGGCCUGACCCCGAGUCCUUUCCUCUCAAGUUCUUCCUGCGCUACCGGCCUCUCAUCCUGGACCAGUGGCAGCAUGUGGAGUUGUCAGACGGCACAGCGCACACCAUCACAGACGCCUAUGCUGGGAAGGAGUACAUCAUCCAGGUGGCAGCUAAGGACAACGAGAUUGGGACGUGGAGUGACUGGAGCGUGGCUGCUCACGCCACACCCUGGACAGAGGAGCCACGACAUCUCACCACUGAAGCCCAGGCCCCCGAGACCACGACCAGCACCACCAGCUCCUUGGCACCCCCACCCACCACGAAGAUCUGUGACCCUGUUGAGCUAGGCAGCGGCGGAGGACCCUCCAUACCCUUCUUGACCGGUGUCCCUGUCACUUUGGCCCUGGCUGCCGCUGCUGCCACAACCAACAAUCUCCUGAUCUGAGCCCGGCAUCCCAUGAGGACAUGCCAGAGCGCCUGCAGAGGAGCAGGAGGCCGGAGCUGAGCCUGCAGACCCCGGCUUCUAUUUUGCACACGGGCAGGAGGAUCCUUUGCAUUCUCUUCAGACACAAUUUGUAGAGACCCCGGCAGGCCCGGGCCUGCCGUCACCUAGCCCCACUACACCGAGCCGGCCCUCCUUUCUAUCCACGGAGGAGGACCAUGCAGCUAACCCACCCACCAAAGACCCCUCUCAUCUUGCCCCCCUUGGGCUGGACCCUCCAACGCCAGCGACUCCCAGGAGCCUUUGGGGGACCUACGGGGAGCCCCCCCCCAUAUCCACAGUUUUCUCCUGCCCCAGCCUCCUGUCUGUCCCAGGGUCUCUGUUGCCACCAUCAGAUUAUAAGCUCCUGACACUGGGGGGGCCCAGCCAUCCCCCUCCCCCCAGUGCCCACACUUUUCAGUCCCCUCCACCUCUGCCCCUGUUUUGUACGGUCCUCCAUUGAUCCUUUCCUCCCCCCAGUAUUUAAUGUCCUGUCAGUCCCUUCUAGUCUGACUCAAUGGUAACUUGCUGUAUUUGAAUUUUUUAUAGAUGUAUAUACAGGGGUGGGGGGUAGGGGUUCUCAUUAAACGUCAC